AUGCCUGCAAUGAAGAAACGCAAGGUUGCCGAAGAGGCACCUGCCGAAGAAGUCGAUGCUGGCUCUGCAGCCUCCGAAGCUGGUGACCAUGUCCCGGAAACCACCGAACAGAAGAAAUCCUUCAAAGACCUCGGAGUUAUGGCGGAGCUCUGCACUGCUUGCGAAAAAAUGGGAUACAAGGCACCCACACCAAUUCAAGCAGAGUCGAUUCCGGCUGCUUUGGAAGGCCGCGAUAUCAUCGGUCUUGCGGAAACAGGUUCCGGAAAGACUGCAGCUUUCGCCCUCCCAAUCCUCCAGACACUCAUGGACAAGCCUCAGCCAUUCUAUGGUCUGAUUAUCUCUCCCACUCGAGAGUUGGCCUAUCAAAUCUCGCUCGCCUUUGAGAACCUUGGCUCGACAAUCGGCGUUCGCACAGCAGUUCUGGUCGGUGGUAUGGAUAUGGUCCCUCAGAGCAUCGCGCUAGGAAAGAAGCCCCACAUUAUCGUCGCGACCCCGGGUCGUCUCCUCGAUCACCUCGAGAACACAAAGGGAUUCUCUCUCCGCGGCUUGAAGUACCUGUGUAUGGACGAAGCCGACAGACUUCUUGACAUGGAUUUCGGUCCUAUUCUGGAUAAGAUCUUGAAGGUUCUCCCUCGUGAGCGCCGGACAUUCCUCUUCUCGGCUACUCUCAGCUCCAAGGUAGAGUCUCUCCAGCGUGCAUCUCUCUCCAACCCGCUGCGUGUCUCCGUUUCCUCCAGCAAAUACCAGACGGUCUCCACACUGCAGCAAUAUUACCUUCUGAGACCUCACAAGCACAAGGAUGUUCACCUGAUCUACCUUCUCAAUGAGUUCAUUGGACAAAGCUGCAUUAUCUUCAUGCGAACUGUUCACGAAACCCAGAGACUUGCUUACCUGCUGCGCGCGCUUGGGUUCCCUGCCAUUCCUCUCCAUGGACAACUGUCUCAAUCUGCACGCCUGGGUGCCCUUGGAAAAUUCCGCUCCCGUGCUCGUGAUAUCCUAGUUGCCACUGAUGUCGCUGCCCGUGGUCUUGAUAUUCCCUCCGUGGACGUUGUUCUCAACUACGAUCUGCCAACAGACUCAAAGACCUACAUUCACCGAGUAGGAAGAACCGCCCGUGCGGGUAAGAGUGGUGUCGCUAUCUCCUUUGUCAGCCAGUACGACGUGGAGAUCUGGCAACGGAUCGAAGCUGCGCUUGGAAAACAGCUUCCCGAGUAUGAUGCUGACAAGGACGAGGUCAUGGUCCUUGCCGACAGAGUUAGCGAGGCACAGAGACAGGCCAUCGCGCAGAUGAAGGAUUAUGAUGAGAAGCACGGCAACAAGGCCGGAAAGAAGACCUUUGGAAAGGGUAAGCGCGGUCGCGAUGACAUGGAUAAGGAGGAAGGUUAA